AUGGUCGAGAUCGACGAACAGCCCUCCAAGCGCCGGCGACGCAGUCGGCGAGCUCCCUCCGAUCGCAAAUUCGAAUGCACACACGAGGGAUGUGGAAAGAGUUAUUCGCGCGCCGAACACUUGUACCGGCACCAGUUGAACCAUACCCCGAAACAGAUCUUUCGCUGUGAUUUCCCUAAUUGUUACCGCUCGUUCGUCCGUCAGGACUUGUGUAUUCGCCAUCGCGAACGCCAUACCACCCGCGGUUCGCAGUUGCAGAAGCGCGAUAGCUUCGCCCAUGACAGCCUCGAUGAAUCCCCGCACAAAUCUCUCAUCCCGGUCUCGUCGCCGUCUUCACCCUCCAUGACUACGGCUGAGUACCCCUUCAUGACGGAUCCUGCUGCUCCCAGCUCUAAAUCCCCAUCGAAUACGACGAAUAAUUUCUCCCUGCCUACCACCACUACCACCACCGCUACUACUACUACUACUACCGCCACCACCAUCGACACGGCUGGGGUCCCUGUGUCUGGCUACACGGAUUUCUCCGGCGCCAUCAGCCAACAGGACCCCAUGCUGGACUUUGACUCCAUGUCCAAUGCUUACCCGAUCUUCGGCGGCGAGACUUAUAACCGGUCACCGUUUGCAAUGGCGGAUGACUUUGCGGCAUGGCUGUUCAGUGAACCGCUCGCCCCGUUGGGCUACGGGAUGAUGCCUUUUGUACAGAAUCAGUUCUACAUGAAUGAGCCCUCGUACAAUAAUUUCUGUACCGUCAUCCCGCAACAUCCAAUGAGCGUGACGAGUAUUCUAGAUUCGACUUCCCUGCCGGCGAUUAUCUCGGAGGAAAAACGGCAAGACUUGCUGCAUCUUAUGGCAACUCGGUUUAAUGAGGCGGCGUACUCGGCGGAAGGGAAACGGAAGGAUGCGCUGAUGGAUGGGGAUUUGGAUAGUGAUCGGCAUGUCUUGAGUUUGCGCAUGAUGCAGACUUAUAUUGGAUCGUACUGGUAUCAUUUCCACACGCAGUUGCCGAUUCUACAUCAGCCUACCUUUGCGGCCGAUCGCACGCCGAAUUUGCUGCUCCUCGCGGUCAUGGCUAUUGGGGCUGCCACCCUGGACAAGGCGCAUGGGCAAGCUGCGACGGAGACUGCUGCAGAGCUGGCCGGUUUCAUCGCAUGGCAUCUGCGUUGGGAGAUUUUCAUGGAUGCCGAUUUCCGGCCACCCGCGCGGCUGUGGGUGUUUCAGGCGUUGCUUCUACUGGAGGUUUUUGAGAAAUCGUUCUCUACGCGGGCGCUGCAUGAGCGUGCGCAUAUCCACCACGACACGACGCUCACGCUGAUGCGCCGGGGCAGCUCGCUCAUCGGCCGGUCCUCCUUUGAUACACCUGAGUCUAGGGAAGAGGAUGAGUCGUGGACGCACUGGAUCAAGGCGGAAGCCACGCGCCGUGUCGCGUUUGCAGCAUUUGUUCUCGACUCGACGCAUGCGACCAUGUUCGGGCACUCGGCGAAGAUGGUCGCGCAUGAGCUACGCCUGCCAUUACCCUGUGAUGAAGCACUGUGGGCUGCUACGAGUGCCGCGGAAGUUGCCCGUGUCCAGUCCAGUCUGCAGUCACACGGCGUCCGACCGAUCAUGUUCCUGGAUGGACUCAAGCGUACGCUUAAUGGACAGCCGGUCCGGACGAAUACCUUUGGUCGGAUCAUCCUGAUGGCCGGACUGCUCAGUGUGAGCUGGCAUUUGAACCAGCGAGAUCUGCAAGUCAGCUCUCUGGGCGUUGGACAGACCCUAGGCGGCCGGGAUAAAUGGCGCACAGCCCUGCUCCGCUCGUACGAUAACUGGCGACGCGACUUUGACGAGGCACUGGGUCCGGCCCCGACCGCCGAGUCGGAGUCACGCGAUGUCCUCCAUGGCCUGGCGCAUAUGGCCUCGCAUGUGGACGUCGUGGAUUUGCAAAUCUUUGCGGGAGCUGGCCGGUUAAUGGGUCGGUCUAUUACUGCGCGCGAUUAUAGUACGGCCCGGGAAAAGACUGGUCGCUGGGCGACUAAGGCAUCUGCGCGCGACGCUACCUUUUACGCUCUCAAGUUUUUGAACGCGUGUUUCUCCGAUCCCGCUGUGGAGAGCGGGGAGUAUGUCGCCCGUGAUGAUUACCUGCUGAAUCGGCCGUGGGUGAUGUACUUUGCCGCGCUGGUGGUAUGGUGUUAUGGGUUUGCGUUGGAUGGACCCUUGCGACCGCCGCCGGCACUGGCGACGCAUGCUGAUCGCCGGCGGGAUAUGCAGGCUUUCUUGCAGCGAGUGGGUGGGGUGCAGGAGCCGAAUGAUCUGGAGGGGAUGAAGGGGCGGAAUGGGUGUUUGGGGAUGUUGAUGAUCAUGAGGGAUUCGUUUGCGAAUCCCAGGUGGGAGUUGUUGGGGGAAGCGGCGCGGCUGCUGGACAGUUGCAUUGCAAAGUUGCAGUCGUAG